CUCUCUGCUCUAGUCCUGACUGCCUUGCGGGAACUUCCGGCUGGGUUGCUGAGGGAGUUUGGGGAGUCUGGAGAGCUGGGAUCUGGCCAGAAAGAACCUCCUCUUACUGUGUCCAGUUCAUGUGGUGGCAACCCAGUGACAUGACAGAGAGAGAGAAUUUAACUCUGGGAGUUUGUGACCAUCUGGAGUGAAGUCAUCCUUUGAGGCAAACAAUGGCUGCAGCCUUGGGCCACCAGGUACAAGCUCCACAGAAAAACUCCACUUGGGGUCAGAAAGCUGCCCUUCAAGUUGAAGUAACAACUGACUCAGAAGCCUUCCGUCAGCAGUUCAGACAAUUCUGCUACCAAGAGGUGGGAGGGCCUCAUGAAGCUUUUAGUACGCUCUGGGAACUUUGUUGUAGGUGGCUGAGGCCCAAGACAAACUCAAAAGAACAGAUCUUGGAAAUGUUGGUGCUGGAGCAAUUCCUGACUAUCCUGCCAGGAGAGAUCCAGGUCCAGGUGAGGGAGCAUCGUCCAGAAAAUGGAGAGGAGGCUGUAGCACUCGUUGAGGAUUUGCAGAAAGAGACUGAAAGACCAGAAGAGCAGUUUUCAGUCAGUGUGCAAAACCCAGAAGUGCUUGUGGAGAAGAUAGUUCCUGUGGGAGCAGCACAGGAGUCUGUGAGCUACCAGCUAAAGCAAGAGGAGAACCAGCAGGACGAAGAUCCCUCAAAGGAUACAUCGUGGAGCCCUCACGAAGGAUCACAAGAUCAGGCUGACUAUAAACAGGAUCCUCAACUGAGACCAGAGACAACCAGACUUCUGGCAGGAGAUACUCCCCAGGUUUCUGCCUUUUCCCAGGAAAGAAGGAUGAGAAAUCAGGAGAUGGAAGCUGUAAUCCUUACAACUGGGUUUCAGGAACCAGUCACAUGUGAGGAUGUGACCGUGCCCCUCUCCCAGGAAGAGUGGAGGUGUUUGAAUUCUGCUCAGAGGGUCCUCUACAAGGGUAUCGCACAGGAGAAGUUCAGAAAUGUGGACUCAGUGGGACUUCCCAAAUCUCUUCUGAUCUCUGGGAUGAACCAUGGAAAAGAUAUAUGUAUUCCAGAUCUUCAAGGUUCCAAGGAGACAGAGAUCCUAAGUAGCUCCCAUACAAAUGAGAACCGAGUACAAGCUGAUGAAAAACAAGCCAACAGGGAAGGAAAAAACUGGGGAGACCAGAGGCAACAGGAGUUGGCGGAUGAGAAAAUAUCAGGUUUUAAAAGGAAGAAUGAGAUUAAAAAGGAAAAUCUAAAAUGGGAAUUUUCAGAAGAGCAACUGAGCAGAACAGUACAAGGAAAGUUUAAUCGGCAAAUUUUCCAAUAUCCUGUUCUCAAAGAAGCCUGUGAGACUGUGAGCAAGUUAAGGAAACAACUUAUAAGUUUUCCACGAGAGAAACAAGGGAAACCAGCUUUCCAAGAGAGAGAUUUAAUGAAGCAACUAGAUCAACAGAAACUCUUUGUUGGAGAAAAACACCAUAAACAGCUUGCAUGUGGCAAUAGCUUCUCUCAAAAUUUUCACAAGUCGGCCCCUGAAUUAGAAAAGACUACUAAAUGUCAGCAAUGUGGAAAAAGUUUUAGUCGUGGUUCUUAUCUGGUUAGGCAUCGGAGAAUCCACACAGGUGAGAAACCCCACAAAUGUAAUGAAUGUGGGAAAAGUUUCAGUGAGCGUUCUAAUCUCACAGCCCACCUGAGGACCCAUACUGGAGAGAGGCCCUAUAAGUGUGGAGAGUGUGGGAAAAGCUUCAAUCAGAGCUCAAGCCUCAUUGUCCAUCAGAGAACCCACACAGGAGAAAAGCCGUAUCAGUGUAAUGAGUGUGGGAAAAGAUUUAACAAUAGCUCCCAAUUUAGUGCUCAUCGGCGAGCUCACACAGGAGAAAGUCCAUAUAAAUGUAGAGAAUGUGGGAAAAGCUUCAAUAAUAGUUCCCACUUUAAUGCUCAUAAGAGAACACACACUGGUGAGAAGCCCUAUGAAUGUUCCCAGUGUGGGAGAAGCUUUGGGAAGAGCUCUGCCCUUACUAGACACCAGGGAGUUCAUAUGAGAGAAAAGUUUUUGAUUCAGUCAAGGAUUAAUGUACUUGAGGGAGACAUAUCGUAAAUAGAUGAUGCUUGGGGUAAAGGAUGAAACAUAGAAAAUUCUUAACUCACAGCUGGCUAACAGGUGCUUGUAAUGGUUUUCUCAACCCUCUCACUGAGGCAGAUCCAUAUCCUAGGAACUCUCUUGUUGGCUUUGUAGAGUUCAAGAAUAGAAUCAAGAAAUCUAGGUCUGACUUCUCAGCUCUGAAUCUGCCCUAUUGUUAACAUUGUUUCGCUCAGUAACACAAAGAAGUGUGACCCAUAAAUGAAGCCUUGGAAUAGUCCUUUAUUUCUGUGAUCCCAUCAGCUCAUAAAGCUGUGCAGACAAGUGAGGUGAAAAGUAUUUUAAUUCUAGUCUUGGAGAGUUGGUUUUUUGUUUUUGUUAAAUUUAGAACCAUGAUUCUAUCGGUGUAUGGAGACCCUGAUGUGUAAACUCCUUCCACACAUACAGAUCAGUCAGUUACAUCUAAUUAGAGUUUUAAAAAUUGCCUGUGGCACUAAAAGCUUGUGACUUUCCCAUGGUGCCCUAGCUACCUAUCUGAGAUAUGACUUGAACUCAGACCUUCCUGACUCCAAGGCCAGGAUUCAGGCAGAGGCAGUUAUAUUGUAGCAUAUGUCCUCCUCUUGAUGUGAAUAUGCAUUGAGAAUUAAGCCAUAGAUAACCAGUAAUUCAAUUUUAGUUCCCUGAAGUUCUUUGGCACUGUGAUCCAUUGGGUCAAAAUAGAGAUGUUCAGAAUUGCAUAGAAGGAAUCGUAAAAGAUUACUAAUAAAGUAGGAUGGAGUAGGAUUAAGCCAAUGUAGAAUGACUUGUUCUUAGAACAUACAUAAUAUCUGGGUUUGCCUUUUUAAAAAUUGAGGUUAAAUGUAGUGAUCUCUUAUUUUGUCCUAAUUCUAGCUUGUAAGUUAAGAAUCUGGCUGUUAGAAAUUGGCUUGCCUUUUCUUCACAAAUAUUUGUACUAGUUUGUAAACCUUACUGUUUGUGAUUAAAAUAAAAGUCUUCCCCAACUCUU